CCCUUCAAGGGAGAGCUCGGCUCAUAACCGUUCUACAAACGCAUUUUGGCGUUGACCUUCCCGUCAAUUAUCCCGAAUUCUUGCAAUUGCCGAGCAAGAAUUCUUCAAGAUGGCGUACAGUGGUACUCUGGAGGAGGCGCAUCAGCCGUCACUAUCUCCCGACGCUACGGUACGGAAUCGGCUGCCUACGCUCUUCGAGGUGCUAUGUCGUCGCACACAUCCGCCCGUCGAUCUGUUCUCUUUCUAUAUCUACAUGCGAGAUCAGCAACGUUCUGUUGAUUACUUAGAUUUCUGGCUAGACGUAGCGCAGCAUAUGUCGCUCUGCCGUCACUACGUUCGGGAGCUUAGGCGGUCCGUUCUUGUGGGCACACCUGACCUAGAGACGGAGGAGUCUAAGCGAUCUUCUAGAGUUUUGGAAGCAAUGGGCGAUUUUUCAGGACCUGCGAGAUUUGGUGACGAACAGGGAAGAGAGCGGGAUGCGCAUAUUUCCACCUAUCUGCGUGAGCAACCCAUACCUGGUGGCAUCCACGACUCCCCGGCUAGCAGCCAGGAGCGAAGAGCCCGAGCUAGCACCCAGCUCAGCUCCAGCACGCCGCAUCAGAUCACCGACUCGAAUUCGCCUGAGCACAGCGUGGCCCGACGGGAUAUUCGAGCGUCUGCGGAAAAGAUCCUCUACACGUUCCUGCUCCCUGGUGCCGAGCGCGAGAUUACCUUGGACGGUUCCAUUGCGGCAGAGAUUACCCAAGCUAUCGAGGAAGAGAACCGUGACGAUCCCGAGAUUUUCGACGUCGCCAAGGAUUAUGUGUUCCAGGCGAUGGAGCGAGAUGCGUUCCCGGGCUUCCUACGUGCUCGUGCCUUUGGCAAUCUAGUUCCUCCUACUCUCAUUGCGAGAUUGAUUAUUGGUCUUAUCGCUCUGUUCGGAGCUUUCUGGACAGGAUUCAACUUAAUCUUCCUCGACCGUUCCCGUCUGGAGCGAUGCUGGGAAAUCCUGCCAUUCACCAUUGGCGUCUACUUCCUGGCAUCCUAUCAGUACUCUCUGGAUCCUAUCAUGGCACUUGCAGGCUUUAGCGAGUUGACGCCGUUGCAGUUCACCCGCAUUAGAGAGCCGUAUGUUCGCAAGCUGCUGAUCCAGCGUUCACUCGUGGUUCUAGCCGUGACGGCACUAGUUGAUGCAGCACUAUGCGUGCUGUUCAUCUUCGUGCCCGGUCACAGGUUAUAAACCCGAAUAAUACCAUCACCUGUUUCAGCAAAAGCAUUCGGUUUCUCUUUUUGCCAUUGGUGCACUGCAUUUUACGACGUCAUGACCCCAUUUUGUUUCCAGGAGUUUCGAGCCUCGGGUUUACGAAGACUUAGGUA